AAGCGAGUCUGUUUAUUGCCGUUGUGUGUGUCUGGUCCAAAUCCGAGGCGUUCGUCAUCGUAACGUCAGGGUAAAGACGCCAUUUUGCUCAAAAGAGACGGAAUUGAUACUGCACGAGAAUACUUGAAGGAAUUAUUUACGCGGUCGCGUGUGCUGUGACUGGACAAGAUCGUAAGGCCGUUGUCGCGAGAAGGUUAGCCUUUAGCUUAGCUACAGUUCGCUUUCCGGCUCGGAGGCCAGUGGCAGCGCCAUGGACGGCAGCGCCAGCGUGAGGAGAGCCCUGUGCGGCACUCUGGUGCCCGCCACCGCCCUCACCGUUGUUGCUCUCAUGCCGGAGCCCAAAAACGAGGACGACGGGAAGCCGCCCCAAAAGGUCCUCAACGAGGAGGAUUACAUCGAGAGCUUGGAGAAGAUCAUCCAGAGGGACUUUUUCCCGGAUGUGACUAAACUGCAGGCUCAGAAGGACUAUUUGGAUGCAGAAGAGAGCGGAGACCUGGAGCGCAUGAGAGAAAUCUCCAUUCGCUACGGGAAGUCCAAAAACACCCCUCAAUCUUCUGCCCCCUAUGUGACGCCGGCGAGCUUUGACACGCCAGUGGGCCGUGCGGGGUCGCCAUCCUUCUCCACCAGAGGCGCAGAUGCCGAAAGCGUGGCGGGCGACCAGCGCGAGGAGAAGGAGCUGCCCUCGUUGGAUCGCUUCUUGGCCAAAAACACCAGCGGGGACAACGUCUCGUUUCAGCAGAUCAUUGAACUGGCGGAGGACAAGGAGAAGAUGAAGCACGCGUGGCUGUACGAGGCCGAAGCCGAGUUCAAACAGCGUCAUGAGCAGAACCUCGCCUUACCACAAGCAGAGAAGGCUGCUCUUGAGUGUGUCAAAGCCGGCCUGGAAACGUGGGAAUAUAAAGCAAAGAACGCCUUGAUGUAUUAUCCAGAAGGCGUCAAAGACGACGACGCGCUCUUCAAGAAGCCCCGCGAGGUGGUUCACAAGAACACACGCUUUACCGGCGACCCCUUCAGCAGGGCGCUCAACAAGAGCCAGAUUCAGCAGGCAGCGGCGCUCAACGCGCAGUUCAAGCAGGGUAAGGUGGGCCCGGACGGCAAAGAGUUGAUCGCGCAUGAUUCUCCCACGGUGAACGGUUACGGCUUUGAAAGGACGCCCUCCCCCGCCCCUGGUGUGGCCGAGUCGCCUCUAAUGACAUGGGGAGAAAUCGAGAGCACGCCGUUCCGCUUGGACGGAUCCGACACGCCCUACGCCGAGAGGAACCACGGCCCCUCUUUUAAGAUUCCCGAGCCGGGGAGACGAGAGCGACUGGGCUUGAAGAUGGCCAACGAAGCGGCCGCCAAAAAUCGGGCCAAAAAACAGGAGGCCUUGAGGAAAGUUACAGAAAACUUGGCCAGCCUGACCCCGAAAGGCCUGAGCCCGGCCUUGACCCCGGCCCUGCAGCGCCUGGUCAACCGCACGUCCAGCAAGUACACAGACAAAGCUCUGCGGGCCAGCUACACGCCGUCGCCCUCGCACAGCGCCGUCGGCUGCAAGUCGCCCUUCGGCGGGCCGGCCACGCCCUCGACCACACCCGACAAGGCCAAGACGCCCGGAGAGCACGACGUGUCGUCGCUCACGGACAAUCUCUUGCAGCUGCCCAAGAGACGGAAAGCUUCAGACUUUUUCUAACAGGACAUUUUGAUGGACCUAAUGCGAUGGCACAAAUUGAUUUGCUUUGAUCCUUUUUUAUUUUUCACGGUGGUGACCAAUUUGUAUUUCCUCAGUGUUGUUGACACUUAGCAAAAUAGCCAGUGCCACACUUAUCCAAGCGCUGUUAUCAAAAGCACGUCCUAACGUCACUCAGUUUCCCAGGUGAAGAUAUUGCUUAUUGAGCUUUUGUCUGAAUCGUGUACUUAUUUUGUAACUAUAUUCCCUUGUGUAUUAAGAAAAAAAGAAAGAAUACAGUAGGCGGGGCCGUA